AUAUCGUAGGACCAUUAUCAAUAACAUCAAAAGGAAAUCGCUAUAUAAUAGUAGCAACAGAUUACCUGACUAAAUGGCCGGAAGCAAGGGCCAUUCAAAAUAUACAAGCAGAAACAGUUGCUCAAUUUAUCUAUGAAGAUAUAAUUUGUAGGCAUGGAACACCAAGGGAAUUAUUGUCUGAUCGGGGAACAUCAUUUGUUAACAGUACAAUAAAAGCACUAUGCGAAACCAUGGAAAUUAAUCAUGUACUCACCACAUCAUAUCACCCACAAACAAAUGGAUUGACUGAAAGGUUUAACAAAACACUGUGUGAAACUAUCGCUAAAUUUGUAAUACAACACAAAGGAGAAUGGGACCAAUACGUUUCAUCAGCGUUAUUAGCUUAUCGAACUAAAACACAGAAAUCAACGAAGUUUACGCCAUUCUUUCUUGUGUAUGGGAGACAAGCACAAACACCACUUACACAGAAAUUUGGAAUGGAAGAUAACGAUUUAGAAUACGAUUUAGAAGACCAUGUAGAUCUGAUAACAGAAAGAUUACAUCAUGUACAAGGUAUUGCAAAAGAAAACAUAAACAAAGCACAAGGAGAUCAGAAGGCGAGAUAUGAUAAGAAAGUGAAACCAAAACAAUAUCAGAUAGGAGAACAAGUUUUAUUACGGGAAAGUGCCCAUGAAAAUGUACACGGAGAUAAGUUCAGAGAAAAAUGGUCAGGACCCUAUCUUAUUCACCAAGUUUGGAAAAGUGGAAGUUAUAAGUUACGUGAGAUAGAAUCACAAAGGAUUCUGAGAACACCAAUCAAUGGAGAUAGAUUAAAGAAAUACUGGGCCAGACCAGCCUGGGUACCAGAA